GUGGUAUGCGCAGUAGGUCACCUGAAUCUAACACACGGGGAAAUUGCCUGUCAGGGUAGCAUAGAACCAUUUUUGCAUUCCGCCUUGUCCUACUUAUUUACUGCAACACUGUAAAGUGAGAACCAUAUAGGGGACGAGAUCUUAAAGUGUUGUACGGCAUUGGAUUAUAGCGGGUGUGAGGGGAUUGCCAGACACGUCUGCGGCGAGUAUAGCCACGUACCGAUAUUUUUUUUUUUAUUCGCCGGUCUCUGGCUUGCCAGAGGUUGACUUUUAAAACACCAUGGAGGAUGCGCAUGCCAAAUCGGUUGCUGAAUGCUUGCAAUAUUAUGAUGUUAACGAAACUCAGGGACUCAGUUCUCGUCAAGUGAAAGAUGCACAAGCAAAGUAUGGUCCAAACGAAUUACCAGCAGAAGAAGGGAAAUCACUAUGGGCUCUAGUGUUGGAACAGUUCGACGAUCUACUCGUCAAAAUUCUCCUUUUAGCUGCAAUCAUCAGCUUCAUUUUAGCUAUUUUUGAAGAAGAAGAAGAUAAAAUUACAGCCUUUGUGGAACCAUUUGUUAUAUUGCUUAUUCUUAUAGCCAAUGCUAUUAUUGGAGUUUGGCAGGAAAGGAAUGCAGAAAGUGCGAUUGAAGCAUUGAAAGAAUAUGAACCUGAAAUAGCUAAAGUGAUUAGACAAGGCAAAAUAGGAGUACAGCGCAUCAAAGCCAAGGAGCUUGUACCUGGUGACAUUGUAGAAAUUUCAGUGGGCGACAAAGUCCCAGCGGAUGUUCGUCUUAUAACUAUCAGAUCAACGACGUUAAGAACCGAUCAAGCUAUACUUACCGGUGAAAGCGUGAGUGUUAUAAAACAUACAGAACCUAUUCCAGACCCCAGGGCGGUAAAUCAAGAUAAAAAGAACAUCUUGUUUUCGGGUACGAAUAUAGCAUCUGGAAAAUGUGUUGGUUUAGUUUUUGGAACAGGAUUAAACACAGAAAUUGGCAAAAUCAGAACACAAAUGACAGAAACUGAAACGGAAAGAACGCCGCUCCAGCAGAAAAUAGACGAGUUUGGUGAACAACUCUCGAAGGUGAUUUCCAUAAUCUGUGUUGCAGUAUGGGCUAUCAAUAUUGGCCAUUUCUCUGACCCCUCACACGGUGGUUCUUGGAUCAAAGGUGCUAUUUACUACUUCAAGAUCGCAGUCGCACUAGCAGUAGCUGCCAUCCCUGAAGGUCUUCCCGCUGUCAUCACAACCUGUCUGGCUCUAGGUACUCGUCGCAUGGCCAAGAAGAAUGCCAUUGUACGAAGUCUCCCAUCAGUAGAAACACUUGGUUGCACAUCAGUAAUUUGUUCUGAUAAAACUGGUACACUCACAACAAACCAGAUGUCUGUCAGUCGGAUGUUUAUCAUCAAGGAUAUCAAAAAUGAUGUAGUUGAUCUUGAUGAAUUCCACAUUAGUGGCGUGACAUACGAUCCCGUUGGCGAUGUAACUUUAAAUGGGUCAAAGGUGGUUCCCGGUAAUUAUGAGUCUAUGAUAGAAUUAGCAACUAUCUGUUCACUUUGUAACGACUCCAGUGUGGACUACAAUGAUUCAAAGAAUGCAUAUGAAAAAGUUGGAGAGGCGACAGAAACGGCAUUGACUGUAUUAGUUGAAAAGCUGAACGUGCUAAACACAGACCUGCAUGGCCUUGAUAAGCAUCAGCUUGCCAAUGCAUGCAAUACUGUUAUUAGCAAAACAUGGAAUAAAGACUUCACCCUGGAGUUCAGCCGAGACAGGAAGUCAAUGAGUGUCUUCUGUUCACCAAGUAGAGGCGGUCCUUCCAAGAUGUUUGCCAAGGGAGCACCAGAGAGUAUUCUUGACCGUUGCAAUUACGUUCGUAUUGGUACAAACCGUGUCCCCCUCACCACCGCUGUCAAGACACAGAUCAAGUCUACCAUUGAAGCUUAUGGAUGUGGCAGAGAUACACUACGUUGCAUUGGAUUAGCAACCGUUGACAGUCCAAUGAAGCAAGAAGAUAUGGAGUUAGAGAAUGCCAGCAACUUUAUUAAGUAUGAGUCUAACAUGACGUUUGUUGGGUGUGUUGGUAUGUUGGACCCUCCUCGUAAGGAAGUGAUGGCCUCCAUCCAGGCUUGUCGUCGAGCUGGUAUCCGUGUCAUUGUCAUUACCGGUGACAACAAAGCUACUGCUGAGGCCAUCUGCCGCAGAAUUGGAGUGUUCACUGAACAUGAAUCACCUGAAGCACAGAUGGUAUUGGCUGACGAUAACUUCUCCACUAUUGUGGCUGCUGUGGAAGAGGGACGUGCAAUCUACAACAAUAUGAAACAGUUCAUUCGUUAUCUGAUCUCCUCAAAUAUUGGUGAAGUAGUCAGUAUUUUCCUAACUGCCGCAUUGGGUCUUCCGGAAGCUCUGAUUCCUGUACCUUUGUGGGUCAACUUAGUAACAGAUGGUCUGCCAGCCACCGCCCUUGGAUUCAACCCCCUGACUUGGAUAUCAUGGAGAAGCUACCCCCGUAGACCUAAAGAACCCCUCAUAAGCGGAUGGUUGUUCUUCAGAUAUAUGGCUAUUGGUGUCUACGUCGGGUGUGCUACAGUCGGUGCUUCAGUAUGGUGGUUCACUUUGUAUGAAGGCGGUCCUCAUCUUUCAUAUUACCAUCUGUCUCAUCAUCUGCAAUGUCCACUGGAACCUGAAUUAUUUAAAGGUGUUGACUGUGAAGUGUUUGAAGAUCCUCACCACAUGACGAUGGCAUUGUCUGUUUUGGUUACAAUUGAAAUGUUUAAUGCUUUUAACAGUCUGAGUGAGAACCAGUCAUUACUGGUGAUGCCCCCAUGGCAGAAUAUCUGGUUAAUCCUAGCCAUCGCUCUCUCUAUGGCUCUCCAUUUCUUUAUUCUUUAUGUUGAUUUCAUGUCGAUUGUGUUCCAGAUCACUCCACUCAACGUGGCAGAGUGGAUGGCAGUGAUCAAAAUCUCCUUCCCUGUAAUUCUAUUAGACGAAGUGUUGAAGUUUGUGGCACGUCGUAUCGCUGAUGGUAAACAUCCUUUUGCAGAUAUUCAUUGGCUAAUUGCCAUCAUGGUUCCUCUCAUUCUUGCCCUAGUAUACUCACCAAUUUAGUGCCCUCUGUGUCUGCUUUUUUUGUAUACAUAUAUACUUGUAAUUCUCUCUUACGGUUGAAGUAACAAUAGCUUGUCAUAGCAACUAGAUUUUCACUUCAUCUAGACCUCAUUGUUUUAACCCUCAUCUUUUGUACAGUAACUUAAAACAAAAAUAUUAAUGAGACAAAUAUUCUAAUUCACCUCUAAGGGCUGCAAUCAUUCAAACUGUAUUUAUCGUGGGGUGGGGGGUGACUACUUUUUAAAAUAUAUUAGUGUUAGACUCCUGAAUUUGUUUAAAAACUGUUUUCACAAGAUAUUAAUUUGACUAUGCAGUUUUAAAUUUCCAAUCACAUUCUCUCCCUUGAUUGCUUUUGAUUCAAAGAUUAUAACAAAAAUUACCCUAUUAAUUUUUUAGGUUAUAGGAAAGCAUUUAAUGUCACUAUUUUUUAGCAUUACUAAAAAAGAGUUUUGCUUCUUCGGCAUGUGUUGCUCACAGUGAAAAUGUAUGAAAAUAGUAAACAGGGUAGUGUAAUGUUUCAGGACUGUUUAUUAUUCAUAUUUAUUUAAAAAAUUAUAGUUUUAAUUUAUCUUGUUGCUUGCUUAAACUAAAUUACUUUUUUUUUCCCCAAUCAAUUUUGAGGAUAAGUUUUAGAUCAAAUAUUUUUUUAAAUUUUAUCCAAAAAAGCAUUAGGGUAAUAAUUGACUGGAGAAUACUUUCAAACUAACACAUCGCUCAUUUGCUGACUCUUUCCACUGCUUUUCUUCUAAAAACAAAACAAAACAAAAAUUAUGUACAGACUGAUUAUACUGGCCCAGUGUAGUUUUUUAUUUUUUCUAUUUUUCUGUUGCUUGUGAUUUUGAUUUCCCCCUUUUGUUGAGUGUUUGUAUUGGAUGCACUUGAAUGCUUGUGUAAAACACACUCACAGAAAAAAAAUAGGUAAAUUGAGCCGAUCUGUUAGUUUGCAUGUUUACUGUUCUCACCCUAAAUAAUGUGAAGUUUGAAUCACUUGUGCGUGCAACUUGUUUUUAAUAUUUGAUUCCUUUUCCUUUAACUGUACUAAUGUUAGAAAAAACUUGUAGUGGAAAAAAAAAAAAUCAUCAGCAUUGUAUUUAGUCCUCCCAUGAUGCAUCAUUGUAUAGAGCAUGCUCAGUGGAGGUGAUGCAAGACUAAUUGAGCAUGUGCUGAUGAGCAGUGCAUGAUGGGAAAAUCGUAUAAUUUUAGUGUGUAGCUUAGUGUAUACUCAUUUACAAUGUGACAACAAGAGACAAGUUUUUUUCCUAAUGUAUUGGUUUUUUUCCACUCCCUGUACAUGUUCGAGAAAUCUUUGGAAGUUGUAAAUAAAAUUGAGAGAAUGAGAUGGCUUCUUUCGUGAAGCUGUUGGUUUGAUAUCAUAA